AUGCCCAACACCUCCUUCCAUCAACAUCUCAGCAUACCAACACACCACAUCAACACAUCAACACCCUCACAUUCGUCAUACCCAACAUCUCCGGUCCAGUAUAUCUCCGUCUUCGUCCUCGCUUCCGUCUUCGCUACUCUCUUUGUCUUCUCCUCCCCCCAUACAUCGGGUGAUCACCACCCAGACUCUAUGAAACAGCAUCGACAAAAGCCACCCUCAGCCUUCAAACUCUUAUUGCCGUUCUUGUCCACUUUUCCAUCCGUUUCAUCCUCCCUCCAACGUCUUCCUUACCGCAGCUACGUACUUUCCAAUAACCACUCCAAGAUCAACAGUCACUUGGCCGCCACCGGACCCUCGACACCUGCCACGCCACACGAAACACAUAUGCCCUGGGCACAUAUCAAUCUGUCAAUCUGUCUCAGCAACAACACGAUAUCCAACACCACCACCAUUCGAGGGUAUCUGAUACCGUCAUAUUACAAAACUUCAUAUAAAGCCAAAGAUGGAAACACCACAGCCACUUCAUCUCGACUCGAACCGCCACCACCAUCUCUGACGAUGCGGCUGACGCAAUGUCUCUUCAUCUAUGCGAUGCCUGGUGUUCGAGGCGGUCAGAGCAGAAGUAGGCUGAGGAAGUCUGAGGUUAUGGAGGUUAUGAAGAUUAUGGAGGUUAUGGAGGUUAUGGAGGUCGUCGAGGUCGUCAAGAUUAUCGAGGUCGUCGAGAGUCGAGAGUCGGGUUUCAACAUCGAGGAGACAAGCAGCAGAUGA